AACAACUGUUCAUUGCAUUAUUUAGAACAGCCGCACAUUGAGAUCUCGUACUCGAUGGCCUCCAUCUCCUUCCGGUAGUAAUACAUCAUGGCCGCAGCAACCUCUCACGGCGACCCCUCUUCCAAUUCAUCUGGAAAAGAACAAAUCCAUAGAAAUACUCUUGGCAGCCAUGAGCGACGGGCAUGGUGUGUUGCCCCCUUUCCCGAUAACGAACGGGUAGUGAGUGCCUCCGAUGACAACACUGUCGUUGUUUGGAAUUUCAGAACAAAGGAAAAAGAAUACCGCUGGUCUCACAAGGGCGCUACUGCUGUCUCAGUCUCUCAUAAUGGCAAAAAAGUUGUCAGCGGGGGUCGUGACUGCGCUCUCCAGCUUUGGAAUGCAGAGUCCGGCGAGCAUCUCGCUGGACCCUGGAAGCUGCAUAAACAGAGAGUCUGGUCUGUGUCAUGGUCUCCAGAUGGAAACCAUAUUGCGUCCUGUUCAGCAGACAGCACUCUCAUAAUCUGCAGCGCUGAUUCAGGGGAGCCUAUUUUCGAACCUCUUCCAACCGAACAGGAGGCUGUUCACGCCGUUGCUUACUCCCCGAAUGGGGAGAGUGUCGCUACUGGGGGGCAAGACUCUACGAUCAAAAUUUGGGAUGCCCGCAAAGGGCAUAUACAAGCAACACUGCGCGGCCAUACAUUGUCCGUCUCUUCAGUUGUUUGGACCAAGGAUGGAAGUCAAAUCAUAUCUGGAUCUGUCGAUCAUACUGUUCGAAUAUGGGGUGUUUCCGAGCAGAAAGAAGUAUGCCCUGCGAUACAUGCACAUUUGCAUACGAUCAACUACAUUGCAGUAUCAGCACACGUGUUUGCAACUGCAUCUAUCGACCACGCAUACCUUUGGAAUCUCAAGACUCGCCAGCGCCUUGCUGGCCCAUUCGAGCUCUCUAAAUUCGACGAGGCGAAUGGUGUUGCACUUUUUGACGAUGAAAACACUCUCGCUGCCUGUACUGAAAGGGGUAAAUUGUACACCUGGAACAUCGGAAAAAUCACCUCGAAGAUUCACAGGGGGUAUGCGGAGGAUAGCGGGUUCAACGACAUUGUCAAUGUUAGGAUUUAACCUACGAGACUGCGCAGAAUUGACAAUUG